CACAUCUCGAAUCCUCGGGACUCAGCCGCACAGCUUCCUCCAUUCCAAUACAAUGUGAUCGCUGGCCAUCAGAUUGGGCCUGCCGUUAAUUCUCAAUGCUACCAUCAGACAAAUGCGAUGAUGAUGCCUGCGUGGCACCGGGAUUUCGCACUCGUUCGACAGGCGCGGCGUCUGCGACCACAAUCGCCUUCUCUACGAUUCCGUUUGUCAUAACGUUCCUCGUCGUUAGUAUCAUAGCUUUACAGAAACUGUUUCCUGUUGUAGCAAGUCUACAAUCAUCGAAAUACGAAGAGCAUUACCUUCCCAGCGAUGCGCCUCCUAGUCUGCGACAAAAACAUGCAGAGCAUAAUGCGAAGUCGGGACGGAGAAGGGUAGUUGGAAUUACGUUCUCGGCCACAAUUGCACUGGCAGCUGUGCUGGUCGAGCUGAUCCUCUGCGAGUUGUCGAAUACAUUGAAUCCCGCUGCUAGGACCUUCGCGUUGAAAGUGGUGGUUCCGACAUUACUCUUCUCUCUGGUGAUUCUGAUUCCUUUCCUCGAAUUGCAGUCUAUCGUUUCUGGUUCUGGGUGGUCGUUUAAGAGACACAAUGGCAGGAUACCGAAGAUGACAUGGGCGUUACAAGCUUGCGGAUUUACGACAUGGCUGUUGGGCUUUUGGUGGCUUGGGAAAGGUGUCCCAGGAACUUACAUCCACACAAUGGCUUCUCAGCCGGGAAAGGACCUCAACGAAGCAUGUUUGGAACGUGUUGGUAUAAUUGGAAUAUCUUUGAUGGCCUUGUUGUCAGGGUUUGCAGCAGUCUCAGCCCCAUGGCAGACAUUUGGAGCCAAGCAGAAGCCGGUCACUGAAGCAGAUAUCAAUCGAAAGCAGGCCGGUCUUGAUGCUACAAAUGAUAUGCUAGCUGCAAAACGCAGCAGACUCCGAGCUUUACAACGCAAGGUUCAGGAUACACCAACAGAAGGCUUUAUGACCAAAGUCAUUGGCACAAUUCGUGGAAGUGCUGAUACUCAAGAGUUGAAAGCUCUCGAGCUCGAAAUUGCUGGUCUAGAGUCAAUGUCCGUCAGCUUGGCAAGCUCUCUCUCCCUACUCCAGACUCGAUUUGCCUCCUCCCAGCGUGCGUCUUCUCCUCUAGGCAAAAUAUUCCUGACGCCGUUCGCAUACGCCUUUGCUCUUUAUUGUGUCUACCGCAUCAUAACGGUGUCACUCACCAUCUUGCGCCAAGUGCUAUUUCCUUCUCCAGAUACAGCUUUCACAUCUUCGACUACCGAUCCAAUAAAUCGUAUUCUCUCACUCCUAGCAAAGCACGUCGACCCAACGCUUGAUCAGCUCGCUUGGUCCCGCCAAAUCUCCUUUCUCCUCUCCGGAAUUAUCCUUCUCGCCUCAUUCAACUCCGUCUUACAAACGUUCCAUAUGCUCACCAAACUCUCUCCUUCUCUUCUCUAUCAAGCACAGGCAAAUCUCGCUCUGAUUAUCGCCCAGAUUUCAGCAACAUAUGUCAUAAGUAGUGCAUUGCUGCUAAGAAGUAACCUGCCCACGGAGAUGAAGAGUGUGGUUAGUGAAGCACUGGGAAGUCCCCUUGAGCCAGGAUUCGUGGAGAGGUGGUUUGAUGGAUGGUUCCUGAUCGCAAGUUUGGGGACUGCCGCGGGAAUCUUCAUCUGGAAGAGGAUAGCUGGACCGGGGGACUGGGAUGAUUGGGAUUUUGACGGAGACAUUGAGUUAGGACAGAAGCGUUCAUGAAUGGGUACGAGUUGCAUUAUUUCCUGGAAUUACAUGGAACGGCGAUCUAUUCGAAGUGUAUAUCACGAAUUGACGCCCAUACAAUGGCCAAACAAGAAAAGGAAUUCUAAGGCUAAUAUUUGUGUAAUAGAAACUUCAUCAAAAGGCCAUAAUGCAACAUUCUGAGCAC